CGUCGACCGAACUCGAAAAUUGUAUCGGAAUUUAUCAAAAUACGAUAUUAAAAUUGAAACCCUGUGUAGUGCGUAAUGGGGCGUUUAGUCCAAAUAAUUCUUUCGUUUUCGAAAUGUGUUCUUUUAGUUUUUUGUGUAAGUCUUUGUUUCGGUAGUCGGGAAACAUCUGAUAUGAUUCAAAACAUUGGACCUUUACAUGACGAAAUUUCAUUGGAACAGUCGAGUAUUUACCUUGAUCACUAUAUUAAAGUGCUACAAAAAUUACCAAGAGCAAGGAGAUCAGCUGAGCCAAAUUCUACAACCAGUGAAGCUAGUGCAAACACACAAAAUACUACAAACUCGAGUACUACUUCAACAAGUUCGACUGAAAGUUCUAAAGACGUUUAUGAAAUCGGCCCUUCAGAGUCGUCAAUUCUCGCCGUGGUGCAUGUCAACGCGUCCGCGUCUUCUGUGCCGAAUGUAUCGGCAGCAAAUCCGUCUGAUGCAGCACCGUUGCCAGGGAAAAGUUCUGCCGAAGAUGAGCACAACAGCUCCAUGGCAAUAUUCUUUGUGCUGUGCAUUUUAGCUUUAGGAAUUCUCUUGAUUCAUCUGAUGCUGCAAACUGGAUUCUCAUACUUGCCUGAAAGUAUUGUUAUAGUGUUCCUUGGGGCCCUCAUUGGUAUGAUUAUAAAUCUCAUGUCUAUAAGGAAUAUAGCGAAUUGGAGAAAAGAAGAAGCAUUCUCCCCCACUGCUUUUUUCUUGGUACUACUACCGCCCAUUAUAUUUGAGUCUGGAUAUAACCUUCAUAAGGGAAACUUCUUUCAAAACAUUGGGUCAAUAUUAUUGUUUGCCAUUGUUGGCACUGGAAUAUCGGCAUUUGUUAUUGGAGCUGGAAUAUAUCUGCUUGGUUUGGCUCAGGUGGUAUAUAAGUUGAGCUUUGUUGAAUCUUUUGCAUUUGGAUCUCUUAUAUCGGCGGUAGAUCCGGUUGCCACAGUGGCUAUAUUCCAGGCUUUGGAUGUAGACCCAGUACUUAACAUGUUAGUGUUUGGUGAGAGCAUAUUAAACGAUGCUGUGUCCAUUGUGUUAACCACAGCUGUGCUGCAACCUGAUGAUUCAAUUAUGACAACUGGAGAAGCAAUUCUCUCAGCAAUAAAUCGUUUUUGGUUGAUGUUUUUUGCCUCUGCUGGCAUAGGAGUUGUCUUUGCCCUUGUGAGUGCUCUUCUGCUAAAACAUGUUGAUCUUCGCAAAAACCCUUCCCUUGAGUUUGGAAUGAUGUUGGUAUUCACUUAUGCUCCGUACGUUCUUGCUGAAGGCAUUCACUUAUCAGGAAUCAUGGCAAUUUUGUUUUGUGGGGUUGUAAUGUCACAUUACACACAUUUUAACCUGUCGACUGUGACUCAGGUGACCAUGCAACAGACUAUGAGGACACUGGCUUUUAUAGCAGAGACCUGUGUUUUUGCUUACUUGGGACUGGCAAUAUUCAGUUUCAGGCAUCGUGUGGAACCAGCUCUUGUGGUUUGGAGCAUAGUGAUGUGCCUACUGGGGAGGGCUGCUAACAUCUUCCCAUUGGCACUGCUCUGCAACAAGUUCCGGGAGCAUAAGAUUACCAGAAAGAUGAUGUUUAUUAUGUGGUUCAGUGGCCUGAGAGGAGCUAUAUCUUACGCCUUGUCUUUGCAUUUGCAAUUUUCGGACGAAACGCGACACGUGAUUAUAACAACAACUCUCAUUAUCGUGUUGUUCACCACGCUAUUCUUUGGUGGAUCUACAAUGCCUCUGCUGAAGUUCUUGAGGGCCAACAAAAAGACGAAACGUUCCAGGUCACAACGUAAACAAAAGGAAAUCAGUUUAUCCAAGACUAAGGAGUGGGGUCAAGCAAUAGAUUCUGAACACUUAUCAGAAAUAACAGAAGAGGAACUCGAGGUCAACUACUCACAUACAACAAAAUUAAAAGGUUUCGUGAGAUUUGAUAUGAAAUAUUUAACGCCUUUCUUUACCCGAAGGUUUACACACCAGGAAUUGAAAGACUGCAAAACUCAAAUGACAGAUCUUACAAAUCAGUGGUACCAGGCCAUCAGGAUAUCCAAUGAUCACGAAACGGAUGAGGAGGAGAGCUUGCAAACGAGCUCGCUUUCUAGUUCGCACAACCUACAGAGGGGCGUUUAGAAUCCUACACACAGAUAAAUUUUAUUAAGCAAAAACAAUCUGUGGGACUGUGGUAACCAUUGUCAUGAUAACUUUAACCCAGAGAUGGGCAGUGGCUCAAAACCCAAUAAACCCGCCCGGGUUUUUAUCCAAACCAAAGGUUUUAACUCAUUCCUGCCCAAAAUCAUGGACAUAAACGGCGAAUACAGAAUUUCGUAUAAUUCCAUCGUUUUACAAAACUAGAUGUAAACAGUAUUUUUUACACGAAAAAGAGG